CCGCGCUAUGGCUGGUACCGAAGGUUGAACUUUCAAAGUAUUUCCCCGCUGUAGUGAGAGUUAGAUGCAGAAAAUGCUUAGCGCCGCUGUUAGGCACACAGCCCGUUCUGUCAGGACUUGCUCCUCCUACGUUAAACAAGCACGCUUCCUGUUUGAUCUGAAAGAAAAUGAUGACACCUGUCGCCAAGCCCUGAAAUCGGGAUCUUUCUACCUAUUCCACAAUCUUUCACCACUUAUCCGGAAGUCUGGAAACACCUUCUAUAUACCAGCAGUCAGCAGUCCAGAUUUACUGCAAGUCCUCGGUAGUUGUGGAAAAGACAAGUUUAGCUUGGAAGACUCGGUUCUGCUUGGUUGCUCAGAAUCCUGUGUUACUGAGUUUGCUCUAGAUCUUGGAUCUUUGGAAAAAUCUGCUUUAGAACAAGAACUUUCGGGGAAAUUCACUGACCUCAGCAAAGCAGUUGCAAAAAUUGAUCGAAAAAUGGAUGCAGAGAAUUUAUUGCUGCUAUGCAGGGCACGGUCCCUUUUACAGUGGCAUGAUUCUCAUCAAUACUGCAGCAAAUCAGGAAAGCCAACCACCAAGAAUGUCUCAGGGAGUAAGCGUGUGUGCCAUGUUAAUGGGUUGAUCUACUACCCGCAGAUGGCUCCAGUGAUUAUCACACUUGUGUCUUGCAAAAACCGCUGCUUGCUCGCUCAUCAAGAGAACUUCCCACCAGGGAUGUAUACUGCGCUUGCAGGUUACUGUGAAAUUGGCGAGACUCUGGAAGAGACAAUUCGGAGAGAAAUAGCAGAAGAAGUUGGUCUGGUGGUGGAUACUAUCAGAUAUUCUGGAUCUCAGCACUGGCCAUUUCCUGGCAGCUCAUUAAUGCUGGCAUGUCAGGCCACAGUCAAGGAUGACAAACUCGAUAUCAACAGAGCAGAGAUAAAAGAUGCUCGAUGGUUCACCUUGGAAGAGGUGACUGAAGCUCUACAAGUGAAGAUGUCGCCUUCUAAAUUACCAGAUGAUACUUUGCCAGUCUGGGUGCCACCGAAGUUUGCAAUAGCCCAUCACCUUAUACAAGAAUGGGUACAAGAACAGAAAGCUCUAAAUGGUAGUUAACACCCAGGGGAAUCAGACAUCAUUUAGAAUUAUCCAAAAUGUCAGAUGCACUUUACAGAGACUUCACCUGUCUUGCCACAGUGCCAUUUUAGUAUAUAAUUAGUUGCCUUAUUACAAAGUUAGACUAAUUUUAGACAAGUGUGUCCUGUGCGUAAAUCACGCUUCUUGUGUAAGAGUGAUUCCCUGUUAUGGACACUGAUUUAUAUUGCUGUGUGUCUCUGCAUGACCUGUAUCUACAGAAUUAUACUGACAUAAGGGCUUGUGCACACGUCCAUUGCCCGGCCGUGCCCGUAUUGCGGUCCACAAUAUACGGGCACCGGCCAUGAUCGCACCGUACCACAGAUGCGGACCCAUUCACUUGAAUGGGUCCGCAAUCGGGAUGGUACGGUGCGGUGUGGAAUGGAGGCACGGAUUGGAAGCCCACAGAAGCACUAUGGAGUGCUUUAGUGGAUUUUCUUUCCGUGCUACUGCACCACAAAAAAGUAGUGUGUGCACUACUUUUUUGCGGUGCAGACCGUUGGAUGCGGAUCGCUGACCCCAUUCAAGUAAA